GUUAUCCCUUUUCUUCCCAUCCUAUUAUAUUCAAGCCAUCCAUAUCAACACGUGGCUGAACGCCAAUCUUCAAAAAAGCGUUUCAAAAAUCAACACAUUAUCCAGAAGAAGAGGAAGAUGAUUCGAUUCUCGAAAGCCAGAGCAGAGUAGAGUCAAAAUCGAAUCCAAAACAUCAGAAUGAUAAGCCAUGUAAAAGGUCCAUUUCCACCGAUACCAGCCCUAGCGCAUCCAAAUUGGAACAGCGCCGUCGUCCGAUUCACCGCUCCGCUUGCGCUAACCAGAGCCAGUUGCCGGAUUACAACCACUGCAGCGGCGAUUUUGGCAGCCGCAGUCGUGAUUGUUUCGCCGGCGCCGUCAGCCGCUAUCGAGAGUAGCAGCAACUUAUCGGAACAACAAGAAGAAAGUACUACGCUGUCUAACAUUCCGCAGACGCUUUCCGGCGAGUGCGCGCAGCCGAGCGACUGUAAGAAGGCGAGAAUUCAACGGCCAAAGUCGAGGAAGGCGGAAUCGUGCACGAUCAAGUGCGUUGGAACUUGCAUUCGAGGCGGCGAUGGAUCUCCCGGAGAAGGCCCUCUGAACAUCAGAAGACCGAUUGUUGUUUUCAAGCAAGGUUUUCGAAGUCGUCAAUACUGCCAUGGAUCACCAAUCCCCAGUCUCAGUCGAUGGUCUUUGAUCCCAGAUGCUACUUGUUGGUCCCUAAUCUCAAUUGGCGACCCUUGAUCAUAGUCAUUAGUCAGUGAUCCUCAACCUUGUUGCAACUAUUGACAAUUGGGUUCGGUAAUUGUUAACCACCGACUAUUGUAGGUGACCAACUCUAACCACCACUAAAAUUUGAAGAAGUUAUUAGUUCGUGUUUGCAUAUAUUAGGUUGUUAAAUAAGUCAUAUCGGUUGGAUGAUGAAAGUCUCACAUCGACUAAUUUAGGAAAUGAUUAUGAGUUUAUAAUAAAAGAACACUAUUUCCAUUAGUAUGAAGCUUUUUGAAAAAGUUCAAAAUAAAGCCACGAGAGCUUAUACUCAAAAUAGACAAUAACCAUAUUAUUUGUGGAGAGUUGUGUUCAUAUAAUAAUGU